AUGGACCAAGGCCUGGCGGCACCCAAGCAAGCUGGAGAUCCACCGGCGGGUGCACAUGGGAGAACGCCCAUUUGCUCGGAGUGCGGCAAGUACUUUGCCAGCUACGACAACCUGCUGCGGCACAACCGUGUGCACUCCAGUGAGAGGCCCUUCACCUGCUCUGACUGUGGCAAGAGCUUCAAAAGAUUGCAGUUCCUGAAGGCCCAUUGGCGGGUGCACACGGGCGAGAAGCCCUAUGGCUGCUCCACCUGCGGUAAGAGCUUUACCCGGUUGUCGGGGCUACGGCAGCACCGGCGGUUGUACAGCAGUGAGCGGCCCUUCACCAGCUCUGACUGCGGCAAAGGCUUCAAGUCGUCCACGAAACUGAAGGUGCACAGGCGCCUGCACACCGGCGAGCGGCCCUUCACCUGCAGUGACUGCGGCAAGGGCUUCACCCAGCCCGGCAGUCUGCUGGUGCACCAACGCAUCCACACCGGCGAGCGCCCCUACACCUGCGCCCAGUGCGGCAAGGGCUUCACCCAGUCCAGCAUCCUGCUGCAGCACCAGCGUACCCACACCGGCGAGCGCCCCUACACCUGUGCCCAGUGUGGCAAGGGCUUCACCAACUCUGGCAGCCUGCUGAGGCACCAGGGCACCCACACCGGCGAGCGCCCCUACACCUGUGCCCAGUGCGGCAAGGGCUUCACCAGAUCCAGCAACCUGCUGGUGCACCAACGUACCCACACCGGGGAGCUCCCCUGCACCUGUGCCCAAUGCGGCAAGGGCUUCACCAGAUCCAGCAACCUGCUGGUGCACCAACGUACCCACACCGACGAGCGUCCCUACACCUCUGCCCAGUGCGGCAAGGGCUUCACCCAGUCCAGCAGCCUGCUGGUGCACCAGCGUACCCACACCGGAGAGCGCCCCUACACCUGUGUCCAGUGC